GAGCCGUCCCGGCACGCCAGACUUCUCCGGUCCCUCAUUCCGCUGCGGCCUGGUGACCCUGUGGGCAGCCCGUCUGUGUCAGCGAGGUGGGGAUGGAGGCCAUGGCGGCCAGCACCUCCCUGCCUGACCCUGGCGACUUUGACCGGAACGUGCCUCGGAUCUGCGGGGUGUGCGGAGAUCGAGCCACCGGCUUCCACUUCAACGCCAUGACCUGUGAGGGAUGCAAAGGCUUCUUCAGGCGAAGCAUGAAGCGCAAGGCUCUGUUCACGUGCCCCUUCAAUGGAGACUGCCGCAUCACCAAGGACAACCGGCGCCACUGCCAGGCCUGCCGGCUCAAGCGCUGCGUGGACAUCGGCAUGAUGAAGGAGUUCAUCCUGACGGACGAGGAGGUGCAGCGGAAACGCGCGAUGGUCCUGAAGCGCAAGGAGGAGGAAGCCCUGAGGGACAGCCUGCGGCCGCGGCUGUCGGAGGAGCAGCAGCGCACCAUCUCCGUCCUGCUGGAGGCCCACCACCGGACCUACGACCCCACCUACGCGGACUUCGGCCACUUUCGGCCUCCAGUCCGGGGCAGCGACAGUGCAGGGAACCAUCUCCUCGGGCCGCGCUCCAGACAACCCCCCAGCUUUUCCGGAGACUCCUCCUCCUCCUGCCCAGACCACUUUGUCAGCUCUGCAGACAUGAUGGAGCCGAGCGGUUUCCCCAACCUGGACCUGGGUGAAGAGGACCCGGAUGACCCUUCCGUCACCCUGGACCUAUCUCAGCUCUCCAUGCUGCCCCACCUGGCCGACCUGGUCAGCUACAGCAUCCAGAAGGUCAUCGGCUUUGCCAAGAUGAUCCCAGGCUUCAGAGACCUCACCUCUGAUGACCAGAUUGUGCUGCUGAAGUCAAGUGCCAUUGAGGUCAUCAUGCUGCGUUCCAAUGAGUCCUUCACCAUGGACGACAUGUCUUGGACCUGUGGCAACCAGGAUUACACGUACAGUGUCACUGAUGUGACCAAAGCUGGACACAGUAUGGAGCUGAUAGAGCCCCUGAUCAAGUUCCAGGUGGGACUGAAGAAGCUGAACUUGCAUGAAGAGGAGCACGUCCUCCUCAUGGCCAUCUGCAUCGUCUCCCCAGACCGCCCCGGGGUGCAGGACGCCGCGCUGGUCGAAGCCAUCCAGGACCGGCUCUCCAACACGCUGCAGACCUACAUCCGCUGCCGCCACCCGCCCCCGGGCAGCCACCAGCUCUACGCCAAGAUGAUCCAGAAGCUGGCCGACCUGCGCAGCCUCAACGAGGAGCACUCCAAGCAGUACCGGAGCCUCUCCUUCCAGCCCGAGUGCAGCAUGAAGCUGACGCCCCUGGUCCUCGAGGUGUUCGGCAACGAGAUCUCCUGACUCGGGCGGGGCUGCCCCUCGGGGACUGGAUUGGCACCCGGGAGCUUGCAUCUGGCCUUCGGCUCCCUGGAGGCGGUGUUAACACCCGGGCUGGACUGGUCCCGCCCGCCGCCGCCGCAGGUCCCGCCGCAGGUCCCGUCCGACCCGCGCCAGCCGCGGCGCCCCUGCCGGGGAGGGGGUCGGGCCGCGGGGGCGCCGUGUGCCCCGGUGCCCGGUGCCCCCGCCGGGGCUGAGCCGCUGGAGCCGGGGCUGAGGGGCUGCCUCCAUGGGGCCAAGGGCGAAGGGACCACACUGGGUGGCACCCUGACCACCCCCCAGGAGGGGCUGUGCAAGUAG